AUGUACUCUGCCGAGCUCGUCUACGUCGCCCCCUACCUCAUGUCCGCCGAGAAGCGCCGUGAGGUGAACCGCAUCAACAGCGCCGCCUCGUCGCGCAAGAACUCCCUCGCCGACGCCUCGGCCGCCACCUCGGCCGCCCCUUCGCGCGCCGCCUCGCCCACCCGCGAUGGCAGCAGCAAGAAGGAGAAGAAGCAGCACAAGCACGACCAGCUGCAGUCGGCCGUCAAGAUGAGCAUGAACUCGCGCCUCCUCUAA